AAGGGGUUCUCAGGGACCACGACACCAUCUUCGCCAACCACUACGUCCCCGCAGCAAUGUCAGAGCUUACGUACGGUGGGAUUGAAAUCGUGUUUAGUCCCUACGACCCAAAUUGGCGGAAGAUGCGCAAGGUGUGCGCACGAGAGAUGAUGAGCUCUAAGGUGCUUGACUCCUACUAUGGCCUACGUAGACUCGAGGUACGCCAGAUGGUGCGUGAUGUGCGUACAUUAGCAUGCACUACAGUUAACAUAGGGGAGCUAGUGUUUCAACUAGCUCUGAAUGUGGUGAUGAACAUGAUUUGGGGUGGUACGCUUGAUGGGGAGGGUAGGCGUAAGGUGGGUCUUGAGUUUCAACGGGUUAUCAAUGAGGCUAUCGAGUUAGUGAGUGAGCCCAACCUCUCUGAUUUUUUUCCUAUAUUAUCGAGGUUUGAUGUACAAGGAGUGGUGGGCCGUAUGAAGAAGCUUACAUCAUGGAUGGAUAAGAUCUUCGAAUCCGUCUUAGAUCAACGGUUGAAAAUGGAUAGAGGGGAAGGAGGGAAGGAAAGCAAGGACUUUUUGCAGUUGCUUUUGCAGCUUAAGGAGGAAGGAGACACUAAAACGCCCUUGACUCUGACCAACAUCAAGGCCAUUUUUGUGGACCUGGUGAUAGCUGGUACGGACACCACAUCGACAACAAUAGAGUGGGCCAUGGCUGAGAUGCUGCAGAAUCCAGAGAUAAUGAGAAAAGUUCAAGAGGAAUUAGAACAAGUGGUAGGAAUGGACAGCAUGGUAGAAGAGUCGCAUGUACGGAGGCUACGCUAUUUGGACGCAGUCAUUAAGGAAGCCCUACGUCUACACCCUCCACUUGUGUUCUUGGUCCCUAGGUAUCCAAGCCAAACAUGCACUGUCGGUGGUUAUACACUCCCAAAGGGCACCCAAAUCGUAAUUAACACAUGGGUUAUACGUAGGGACCCUGAAGCUUGGGACAACCCCUUGGAGUUUUGUCCUGAGAGGUUUUAUAAUUCCACAAGCAAAUGGGAUUACAAUGGCAAUGAUUUCGGUUACCUUCCCUUUGGUUCAGGAAGGAGGAUUUGUGUAGGACUUCCCCUGGCAGAGAGGAUGCUAACUUAUGAAUUAGCUUCUCUUUUGCACUCAUUCAAUUGGCGAUUGCCGGACGAUGCAAAGCUCGAUCUUUCGGAGAAGUAUGCACUUAUUAUGAAGAAAGGGACACCGCUUAUCGCUAUUCCCACACCCAGAUUGUCAAAUCCAGAGCUCUACUCUUGAAAUAAGGUCCAGUUU